CAUUAGGGGCGGCAUGGUGUACGACUGGUUAGAGCGUCUGCCUCACAGUUCUGCGGACCGGGGUUCAAUCCCCAGCCCCGCCUGUGUGGAGUUUGCAUGUUCUACCCGUGCCUGCGUGGGUUUUCUCCAGGCACUCCGGUUUCCUCCCACAUCCCAAAAACAUGCAUGGUAGGUUAAUUGACAACUCUAAAUUGCCCGUAGGUGUGAAUGUGAGUGUGAAUGGUUGUUUGUUUGUAUGUGCCCUGCGAUUGGCUGGCAACUAGUUCCGGGUGUACCCCGCCUCCUGCCCGAUGAUAGCUGGGAUGGGCUCCAGCAGGCCCCCGACCCUAGUGAGGAGAAGCGACUCAGAAAAUGGAUGGAUGGAUGGAUGGAUAACAUUAGUGCAUGGAAGUUUAGUUUCUCCUCGUCCCGCUCUGCGGAAAACUCGUAACUCCCUUCGGGUGGAGAGGGAAGUCAAAUUAAACAUCAAAGAAGAUCCUCCUCCUGUGACACAAGGUAACAAUGUGUCUUCUUCACCAAAGCAAACUCCAGUCAAACGUAUAAAGAAGGCGGCAACUGAUGAGGCCUCUCGCCCACCCCUCUUAAAAUCCCCCAGAUCUGGAAGGGGCAAAGGUACGCUCUUGCAGCCUGUGGACGAAGGAGAGAAAAUGACAGAUGAAACAAUGAGGAGCGCAGAGGAAUCCACUGUGGACAGCUCGCCUCGGACUGUCUUCUCUUCUCUUUCCUCGCCAGCCUCCAAAUCUCCUUUCAAAGGAGAAUUGAUUAUAAAAAGAUUCAAUAGUCAGAGCCCUAGUGUGAAUGAAUGUGCAGCCAGAGGACAAAGCAAGGCGAAGAAGGUGCCCGCCGUGGAGCGGCUAGAGGACGGCAAGGAGCUGACGGACACGACGGGUAGAAAGUGGACAUUGGUCAAGCUGCUCAGUCAGAGCCUGACAGAGCUCGUGUAUGAAGUUGUGCACAAAGGGUCAUGGUCCUCCUCGAAGGAAUCUGCUUAUAUCCUUAAGAUGGGUGCUGAACGUGGGAGAAUCUACAAGGAGCAGAACUUUCUGCAGAGGGCUGCAAAGCCUUUAUCUGUGGCCAAGUGGAUCAAGCAGCAUGACUUGGACUUCCUCGGAAUUCCUUCCUGUGUUGGCUUCGGUCACACAGAUUCUUACAGGUUCUUGGUUUUUCCCGCCAUGGGUCAGUCCCUCCAGUCCGUCAUGGACAACAAUCUUCUUCCCGAGAAGACGGUUCUUCAUCUUGCCUGCAGAAUACUGGACGUGCUGCACUACAUCCAUUCCAACGAGUACGUUCACGCCGACAUCAACGGCGAAAACAUCUCCAUCCAAGCGGGACGCCCCACACAGGUCGGGAGGGCUCACGCUGACACGUGGGGCCUGCGUGGGUUCGAUGUGGAUUCUCACUGUGUGUCUGUGUGUGUUGAGGUAUAUUUGGUAGGAUACUACCACGCCUCCCGCUACUGUCCCAGCGGACGCCACGUGGGGUAUCGCCAAGGCAUCCAAGAGCCGCACGAAGGGUCACUAGAGUUCAUCAGCGUGGAUUCUCAUAAAGGAGCAGCCCCGUCGCGACGUAGUGACCUGCAGUCUCUUGGCUACUGCAUGCUGCAGUGGCACACGGGGGCGCUGCCAUGGAGCGGCCUCACUGAUCCCGACCAGGUGGCUGACCUCAAACAGAGGUACAUGGACGACAUUCCGGCACUGUUGAGUCACUGCUUCGGGAGGAAUAAAGUUUCCAGUGCAAUUCAGAGCUAUGUGACCACGGUGGCGGAUCUGCAGUACACAGAGCAGCCGGACUACCCCGAACUGAAAGCCAGGCUCGCCAUAGCUUUGUCGCACCUGGGAGGAUCAGUGGAAAAAACCCUCAGCUUUUAGCAAAGGACAUUAAUUGAAAAUAUUUCACUGACUUGGUAUAAUGACUUCACAGGUAAAGUGUUCUAAACCUCACUUCAAUGUGUAUUUUUAUAGCGUUUAUUGACACUGCUGUUGAAAGGAAUUGUGAACUAGUGGCAGGAUUGUGUGACUUUGAAAUUGCACCUCUCUCAUCUUGAUGUUUGCUUAUCUAGGAAUAAAUUAGUACAUGCUU